CGCUGGCCGAGCAGUAUUCCCGCGAAGCUUGAGACCGUUCGGCAAGUGAUCGACUGUUUUUCCCCGGGUGUGUGUACUCCGCGUGUGCACGCUGUCGGACCAGCCGACUUUCAUUAGGCUACAGAAUCUGAGCAGUCUUACCCCGCUAAUCCGAAGCGUGUUGCCGGUUUGCCCCUGCGGCGCCCCGGUGACGUUCGCGUCGGCGUGGAGAGAAAGUGCCGCCGAACUCCGUUCUUAAAUUAGGACGCAUUAGUGCUUCCUUGCUCGCUGGAGUCACGGCAUCAUGAGUAAAAGGAAGGUGAAAGACACCCACCUGCCAGUCGGGGAAUGCGUCGCACAGGUCCAGGGGAUUUUGAGGGAGCGGCUCUGCCAUCAGCAGCUGCCCGACAAGCCAUGGGGCGUGGAGGCUCAGCACAAACACCUCCUGGAGCUGCUGAGGCGGACGGCCGUCCACGGGGAGAGUAACUCGGUGCUAAUCGUCGGUCCCAGAGGAGCGGGAAAAACAAUGCUGCUCAAGUGUGUGUUGAGAGACCUGCUGGAGGAAAAAGAAGCGCAUAAAAACCUGCUACAGGUUCAUCUCAACGGUCUCCUGCAGACCGACGACAGAAUAGCGCUCAAAGAAAUAACGCGGCAACUCCGCCUGGAAAACGUCGUCGGUGACAAAGUGUUUGGAAGUUUUGCAGAAAAUCUGGCUUUCCUGUUGGAGGCGCUAAAGAAAGGUGACCGCAGCAGCAGUCGCUCGGUGCUCUUCGUCCUGGAUGAGUUCGACCUGUUCGCCCACCAUAAGAACCAGACUCUGCUCUACAACCUGUUCGACGUCUCCCAGUCUGCCCAGGCGCCCAUCGCUGUGGUCGGCAUGACCUGCAGACUGGAUGUUCUGGAGCUGCUGGAGAAGCGGGUAAAGUCGCGGUUUUCCCACCGUCAGAUCCACCUGCUGAGCAGCCUGACAUUCCCUCAGUACCUGGAGCGGGUCCAAACCCAGCUCGGCCUGCCGGAGGAUUUCCCCGACACCAAGUUCGCGCAGGACUGGAACGACAGUAUCAAGACUUUGUGCGCAGACAAAUCGGUGGAGGAGGUUUUACAGAGACACUUCAACUCCAGCAAAGACUUCCGCUCAAUGCACAUGCUGCUGACGUUGUGCCUGAGUCGCGUCUCCGUGGCCAAACCUGCCAUCAAACCUGCCGACCUGCUGGAGGCCAGCAGACUGUGCUUUGCCGACGCCAAGGCGAACAUGCUCCAUGGACUGUCCAUCUUGGAGCUGUGCCUGAUCAUCGCCAUGAAGCACCUCAACGACGUCUACGAAGGAGAGCCGUUCAAUCUCCAAAUGGUGACCAACGAGUUUAAGAAGUUCCUGCAGAGGAAGUCAAACUCCAUGUACAACUUCGACCAGCCUGUCGUCAUGAAGGCCUUCGAGCACCUGCAGCAGCUGGAGCUGGUCCGAGCCGUCGACGGUUCCUCGGCCAAAACUCAGAGGGAAUACCAGCUGGUGAGACUCAUGCUGGACCACAGUCAGAUCAUGGAGGCCCUGCAGAAGUAUCCGCAGUGCCCCACCGAUGUCAAGCAGUGGGCCAUGUCGGCGUUCGGCUAGGACUCCACGGACGUUUGGACGUCGUGGGCACGUUUAUUUUGCUGUGCGGGAGAAAAUGCGAAAUUAAGCCUGAGAAGUUUGGAGAUGUAGUCGGGAAGAAGGAAGUCGGUGAGGUCCCUGUGGUUUGUCUUCCAUGCGGAUGCUGAAAUGGACUGAAGACCAGGCGCCUGAGCGUCUUUAUCAAAUCAAAUCAAAAUCAAUCAAGCCCCACAGCUUGGACCAGGGAACCGGGGACAGGUCUAAAUGGUGGAUCGGACAUUUCAAUCUAC